AACGCACAUGUUGUUGUUUUCUUCGAUUCCAGCUGGCGGCGGUACAAUUUUUGCACGUUGUUCAGUUUAAUUUUUGGUUUUCCUACAAAUUUUCAUCGGAUUUCUCGAUAAAAUGUCAUCAUUUUUCCUGAAAGGAAAGCCCCGCACGGCAACAAAGCGAAAGUUCGAAAAGUCCAAGCCAAACAAAAAGGAUGUUCCUGCGGCCAGGAAGGAGAAGGAAGAAUCCGAGGAGGAAAUCGACAGCGACGAGGAGGAGGAGCAAACAUUUGCGGCUAGCGGAAAGAAAUUCAACUUUGAGGAUGAAGACGAGGGCUUCAAAGAAACGGCUCAGGACAAGCGUCUGCGGCUGGCCAAAAAGUAUCUGAAGGAAGUGGAAGAAGCGGAACGAGUUCGGAAGGAAGAUGAGGAGAUUCAUGAUAGCGUUAGCACCGUGCUGAAGGAAGAUUACCUGGAAAGCAUUGGCCGGUUGUAUAGGGAAGUUUCCACAAAGUAUCAAGGAUUCGAUUUGGAGAAGGCGGUUAAUUUGCGAUGCAAACAGCAGCACCUGUCGCCGACUUGUUUGUGCCUGACGGAAAAUGAUCGAUUCCUGUACGUGGCCAACAAGAAUGGAAUCAUCGUGCGGUGGGAUUUGACCAAGAAGGAACGAUUGGCGGUUACCAAACCACAGAAGACAGCCGUGCUUGGGCUGGCAAUUUCACACGAUUUGAAGUUCCUGGUGGUGGCGGAUGGAACAAACGAGAUCAAAGUGCUGGAUGGGACCACGUUGGAGGCGGUGAAUACUUUGAGUGGCCAUUCGGAUGUCGUUACGGGAGUGGUGUUCCGGAAGAAUACCCACCAGCUGUAUUCGUGUGCGAAGGAUCGAACGGUGAAGGUUUGGUCCCUGGACGAGAUGCUUUACGUGGAGACAUUAUACGGUCAUCAAACCCCAGUGACGAGUAUAGAUGCGCUCUCACGGGAAAGAGCAAUCACCUCCGGAGGAACCGAUUGCUCCAUUCGCAUUUGGAAGAUCGUCGAAGAGUCCCAGUUGGUGUACAACUGUCCGCCCAGCACCGAUAGCGUCGAGUGUGUCAAGCUGAUCGGUGAUGAGCACUUUUUAUCGUGUGGAACCGAUGGCUCGCUUUCGGUGUGGAGCUCGGGCAAGAAGAAACCCAUGAACACGGUUCAAUUUGCCCACGGGAAAACUGCAAAUGGGGAAGCAAACUGGAUCACUGCCAUCGCGUCCCUGCUGAACACGGAUGUCAUCGCUUCCGGUUCGUGCGAUGGAUUUGUACGCGUCUGGAGAUUGGUCGGAGGCAGCAAAACGAUAGAACCCUUGAUGGAAAUUCCGGUGGAAGGGUUCGUGAAUGCUCUGACGUUCAGUAGCGAUGGAAAGCAGUUGAUCGUCUGCGUCGGCCAGGAGCAUCGACUUGGGCGAUGGUGGACGCUCAAGCAGGCAAAGAAUCGCACCAUGGUCAUUCCGUUGAUUGUGACCGAGGACGAAACGAAGGGUAAGCGGAAGAAGAAGUUCGAUCAGUAAUGGCGGUUAAUAAAUGUUCGAUGUACGUUACGAAA